UCGUCAUCAACUUGCGCCACACACAAAAAACAUGAGCCGUUAGGAUAGCAACACCGACAAAUUAGUAAAUGUAUCGUGUAGGCAGGUUAGCGGUAAUAUUAAGCAUUCCGUUGCUUUCAUUUUUUGCCGGCGCCUCGUAGCAAGUUGAAUAUAUGUAGCAGUAGCCUGUUAGCACCCAUUCAAUGUAAAUCGCGAUGCCCCUCGCCCCUGCUAACCAGUCUCAGCUAAUUCGAUCCAGUCAGAAGGAUGAAUAUUAUCAAACCUUCCUCAGAAACAACGCAAAUGAAGCUUUUCAAACGCUUACGGGAUCAAAAAGAUGGUUGGACUGGAGGAAAGAAGUCGAGCUGCUUUCAGACGUGGCCUAUUUUGGUUUGACAACACUCAUAGGCUACCAAACCCUGGGUGAGGAGUAUGUCAACAUCAUCCAAGUUGACCCCAGUCGAAGACGAAUCCCCACGGCAGCCAGACGAGGCUUCUUUGUCUUCUGUCACACAUUCCUGCCCUACCUCUUCGACAAGGUCUUGGUGUGUUUGGAAAAUGAGCUAGAAGGUGGACAGGAAUCUGGCUCCGGAAUCAGACGGCGGCAGGUAGCAUCAGGACCGUGGAGCCUGGAGCUUUGCCUGAGAAAAUGCAUUCAGAGGGCAGUGGGAGUGUUGUCAGAGCCCCAGAGGAGAAAGUGUGUGCCGGCUGUGUUUGUCCUACAGCAGACCCUGAGCCUCCUGCACAGAUUCCAUGUGGCUCUUUUUUACAUCAGUGGCAUUUUCUAUCACCUGUCCAAGAGGACUGCUGGAAUCAGCUAUCUUCGUGUCUCGGGGCUGAGGAGCGAUGACAGGACCAUCAGGAGCAGCUACAGGCUGCUGGGAGCCGUGUCCCUCAUCCAGCUGCUGCUUACGUUGUGUUUGCAGCUCAAUAACUUCAGACAGAGACAACGAGCCAGGCAGGAGUGGAAGUGCUACAGAAACCUUAGUGGCAGCCCACAGCAAACCCAGACAUCCAGGGCUGCUCGCUGCAUCCUCUGCCUAGAAGGGCGCAGACACCCGACCUCUACUCCCUGUGGACAUCUUUUCUGCUGGGAGUGUAUCACAGAGUGGUGCAACACAAAGGCGGAGUGUCCCCUGUGUCGUGAGAAGUUCCAGCCUCACAAACUAGUAUACCUGAGGAACUACAGCUAGAAGAUGAGACACACGCAGUGUUGGUGGACUAUUUUUUUUUUUUUUUUUUUUAACAUACCUGCCUGCAAAGCUGUCCUCGGCAAACAUGUAAAGACAUGAAUAUUUUCCGCAGUCGUCUCUGCCAAACCACCGGUAUUACACAGAGAAAUAUGAUGUUGAAAUCUUGUGUUUUUGGUUUGUUUUUUUAUGAAAAUAUAAUUCGUUUGAUUGCAUCAGUCAGUGAUAAUACCAAAAGAAUUGUUUGAUAAUCACAAUUACUGUUAUGAAGCAAUCCACGACGACUUGUCAUUAUUGAAGGAAUACACAGUAAUACAAUACAAAUUUACGGCAAGUACACUAUUUUUUUCAUGUCACUACAAAUGUCUACUAGACAACUAAACAGUUCAGUUGUGCUUUACUUGAGUGGUAAUGGUGACAGGAGAUUGUUUAAUUUUAACUAACUUUUUUAUUUCCAUCUAAUCGAACACAUCAGAGUUUAAUGUGACAAUUUUUUUACAGUACAAUAGCAAUAUGGCUGUACAGUCAAACCACAAAGUGACCAGUUUAUAUUCUUAAAAUAUUGUGUAUUUUUGUCAACACAACUGAUCUUGAGUUGAAGAUUACAGACAAGAGGAGGGAGUGAGCAAACCAUUUCUGCAAUGUCAGCUGCAAUUGGCACAAAACAGGAAGCAAAAUGUUCAACGUUGAAUAUUUCAUGCUCUAUUCAGUAAGACUGGUCAGCACAUAUGGUCCUAAACAAUACAAUCCUCAAAGGAACAUUAGUAUUAGAGCUCAGAAUAAUUUAAUUCUGGCACAUUAUUCGUACAUGAGCUCAACGCCUCAAAGUGCACAGAGAUGGCAGCAGGAAGGACACAGCUUAGCAAAUUGUUACUUGCUCUGUGUGCAUCAUAUCAACAAAUAAGUCUGAAUGAUUAAUUUGUGCAUUAAGAGUGUUUCAUCUUGAAGAUAUCAUUUAA